UUGUCACUGUUUUAAUUUCAUUUACUUUCGUUCUCUUCUGUUUCUCGAACUUGAAAAAAAUUUAAAAAUGGCCGCACUUGUUGCAUCUAUCGCGGGUGUCGGGAAUUUUUUUCUGAAUCUUGUCAACUGCUUGGCUGCUCCGACUGGGCGUCCAUUUAUGUACUUGUACAAUUACAAGAAGAACAUUGACAAUCUCCAAGGUGAAGUUAGGAAGCUGAAGAAUACAAACAAGGAAGUGCAGGUUAAGGUUACUGUUGCUGAAAGAAACAUGGAAGAGAUCAAACAGAAUGUUAAGGACUGGCAGAAUGAUGUGGAGAACACCAUUACUGAAGCAGAGAAGUUGAUUCAAGGGAAAGAAAACAACCCUCGAUGUUUCAAGGGAUUGUGCCCCAACUGGAUCACCCGUUACAAACAUAGCAAGAAAGCAUUCAAAUUAAAGGAGAAAGAAAUCAGUCAACUCCUAGAUAAGAAUAUUCUUCCAUUCCUGCCGCAAGAAGAAAAGGUUGCCCAUCCUACUAUUCCUCAGGAGAUCUGGCUUAGACCUAAUGAAGAUUAUUUCGCUUUCGAAUCAAGGACCUCCACUGAGACAAAUGUAUGGAAUGCACUAAAUGAUGAGGAUAUCUACAUGAUCGGUGUUUAUGGGAUGGGUGGUCUUGGGAAGACCACGCUUGUGCAAGAAGUUGGUAAGAAAGCUGAGAAGGAUAAGCUAUUCGACGACUUUGUUUUUGUUGAGGUAACGGAAACUCCUGAUACAAAAAAAAUUCAAACAACAAUUGCAAAAAAGUUAGGUCUCAAGUUCGAAGAUGAGAGGGAAGAUGAGCGUGAAAGAGCAAGUAAGUUAUAUUCUAGAAUGAAGGACAAGAAUAUCCUUUUAAUUGUAGAUAAUAUUUGGGAAGAGUUAGAUUUGAAGACGGUUGGAAUUCCUUCUAGAGCUGAUUGUGGAAGAAAUAAAAUGUUGAUGACAACAAGAAAAGAAGAUGUGUUGGAGAAGAUGGGUUCCACAAAAAAUUUUGAGAUGAGCAUUUUAAAUGAAGAAGAAGCUUGGACUCUAUUCAAGAAAAUGACAGGUAAUGUUAUUCAAAGACGUGAACUGCAUUCUUUACCAAAUGAUGUAUGUAAAGAAUGUAGAGGUUUGCCCAUUGUCAUUUGUACAAUAGCAAAAGCAUUAAGGAACAAGAGACAGGAAUCUCAAUGGGAAGAUGCCUUGCGAGUACUAAGAAUGCCUUCUCUAGCACAGUUCCCAAGACUUUUGGAAAAAGAAUAUUAUAAGAUUAAGUUGAGUUAUGAUUAUUUAGAUCAUGAUGAGCUCAAGAAAACUUUCAUAAUUUCUAGUCUAAUGGAAAAUAAUACUUCCAUUUCAGACUUGUUCAAGAAUAUUGUUAGUUUAGGUAUACUUGAAGGAGCUAACUUUACAAUAGAACAAGCACGAAAUAGACUGGAUUUAGUGGUCAAAGAACUCAAAGACUCUUGCUUGUUACUUGAUGGUUAUAACAAAGAAAGAUUUUCCAUGCAUGAUGCUGUUCGCAUUGUUGCUAUAACAUGUGGAUAUUUAGAUUACUAUGUGUUUACAGAGAGAAAUGACAUUGAAAGCGAAUGGAAGGAUAAAGAUAAACUUCGAAAAUGCACAAUUAUCUCUUUAGUUGGUAAUAACAUUAUUACUCAACUUUCGCCUGAAGGAUUAGAUUGUCCAGAACUUGAAUUUUUUGAUAUGAGUAAGAGGGGUUCUUCUUUCAAAAUCCCAGAGGGCUUUUUCAAGCUAAUGCCGAAGCUUAGGGUAUUGAAUUUAUUUCGACUACAUCAAUCAUUGUUGCCGCUGUCAAUUGAUCUUUUGACAAACCUUCAAACAUUGUGUUUAGACUAUAGCAAAAUUAAAGAUUUUGCUAUUAUCGGAAAGCUUAAGAAGCUAAAAGUCCUUAGCUUGCGAAAUACUGAUAUUGAGGAGUUGCCUCUAGAAAUGGGUCAAUUGAUUGGGUUAAAGUUUUUAGAUUUAAGCAAUUGUAGGCAAUUAGAAGUUAUUGCACCAGAUGUGAUAUCAAAAUUAUCGCAAUUGGAAGAAUUAUAUUAA